AUGUACGAAGACUUCCUGAAAGUUUUCUUAGAAAUCUACUAUAUGUCUGACACACUCCCUAAGAUGUUUGCAGACCUAUGGAUACUGAAAGGAAGUAUUUCUUUGAUUGCCUGUGCUACUCAAAUGUGCUUCUUUUUUGUGCUUGGAGGGACCAAGUGCCUCCUCCUGUCAGUGGUGGGCUAUGACCGCUACGUGGCCAUCCGUAACCCUCUGCACUAUCUCCUAAUCAUGAGGCACAAGGUCUGUAUGAAGCUGGUGGCCACAUCCUGGCUCACUGGAAUUGCAGCCCGUGUAGGACAGACAUUUCUGAUUUUCCCUCUACCAUUUUUUGGAUCUAACCAAAUCAGUCAGUUCUGUGACAUCCCACCAAUACUCAAGCUAUCCAGUGGAGGAACUUUCAUAAAUGAGAUGAUGGUCUUUACAGUUGCAAUGGGGUUCAUCACAGUUCCUUUUCUGGUCACCAACACUGAUAAACUUCUGUGUCUUUUCUACACUAUUCUCACCCCAGUGCUUAACCCUCUGAUCUGUACUCUGAGGAAUAAAGAUGUCACAAUGGCCUCGAGGAAACUCUUCGCUAAUAUUUAUGCAUUUGCUGAGGAUUUAAAAUUGCUUUCUGGUUUCUUAUUUAACCUUGCAAUUGUAUAA